AUGGAGGCCGAACCGGUCCCAGACUUCUCAAAGCUGCAAGAGCUCCUGGCGCCGCCGUGUCUGGACCCUAAGCCGCCCCGGGCGCCCCCUGCUCAGCAGGCACCAAGGACCCCAGGAUGCCCCAGACCCAAUGGCAGACUACAUUGGUGCUGCCCAGGGAAGGGGGUGACCACACUGUCCCUUGUCCCCAGGUCCUUCUGGCCUGCACACCAGGACUCAGCCACUGCCCUGCGUUGCCUCCAAGGAAGAGCAGAGGGGCUGGUUCAGCCCCCUGGCCGGGACACCCAAACCCUGGGGCCCUGCUGGGAGCUGAAGGCCUUGGAGACUCUGGGACCCUCGCCUCUGGCAAGGGAUGCCAAGAACAUGCUGACCCCAAUUAGCCAGCCAUGCUGCAGCUCGGGGCCCCCGGAGGCUCCCCCAGCCCCUUCAGCCCUACCCCAAAGGCGGCCCCGGAAGCAGUCAAAGCCCCACCCGGGCGCUGAGAAAGUGGACCCCCGGUUCGUGGGGGUGACCCUGAAGUUUCAGAUAAAGCCGGAUUCCAGCCUACAGAUCAUACCCAGCUACAGCCUGGCCUGCAGUAGCCGCUCUCAGGGUCCCUCUACAGGCCCUGCCAGGGGUCCUGAGGCCAACUCAGGAGGCGGUGAGGCCCUCGGGCCCCGGUGCUGUGCUUCCUGUAGGACCCAAAGGACCCCACUCUGGAGAGAUGCUGAAGAUGGGACCCCUCUCUGCAAUGCCUGUGGUAUCAGGUACAAGAAAUAUGGCACCCGCUGCUCCAGCUGCUGGCUAGUGCCCAGGAAAAGUGUCCAGCCCAAGAAGUUAUGUGGCAGAUGUGGGGUGUCCCUGGGCCCCCACCAAGGCCCAACUCAGGAAGGGUUUGGCUGA